AUGGCUCCCAACGAAAGCCUUCAGCUUGUGGGGAUCAUCCAUUUGCUGAAGCACUUUGGAUGGACGUGGGUUGGCCUCUUAAUUCUGGAUGACGAAAGUGGAGACAAUUUCCUUGAAGCCCUGGACCCACUUUUUUCUGAGAACAGGAUCUGUGCUGCUUUUGUGGAGAGAAUGCCCAAGCAAGCCUUUUUUUCUAUGUUUCAAAAUGAAAUUGUGGAUAGGAUAAAUAUUUAUUGGCUGAACAUCAAAAUCAAUACCUUCCUCUUCUAUGGGGAAAGCACCACAGCAAUGCUCCUGUUUAUGUUCCUUAAAUAUGGGUUUUCUUUGAAACUAUUGGGGAAGAUGUGGAUUCUAACAGCUCAAAUGGAUUUGACCUUAACAAGUCUUCACAGACCGUCAGAUCUGCAAAUAUUUGAUGGAGCUAUUUCCUUUGCUAUUCAUUCCAACGAACUGCCAGGUUUUGGAGAAUUCCUUAGGGACGUCAAACCAUUCCAGACGCAACGAGAUAGUUUGCUGAAAGAGUUCUGGGAACAAAGCUUUGAUUGCUUCUUUUCAGGAAGUAAUAAACCAGCGGAAAGUGAUGAGGCAUGCACUGGGAAGGAAGAGCUAAAUCACCUUCCCCGGCAUUUAUUUGAAAUGACUGGCCACAGUUACAGUAUCUACAAUGCAGUCCAUGGUGUAGCACAUGCUCUUUAUGGUAUGAAUAUACAUCCAUCCAAAUAUAAAAGAGUAGCUGAAAGUAUGAGGAACGAAUUUCAAGAUCAAGCGACAUGGAAGCUUCACUGGUUUCUUCAAGGCCUUUCAUUUAAUAAUUCAUUUGGAGAAACCGUAUCCAUCAACCACCAUGGAGAAGUGCUUUCUGGAUUUGAUAUUUCAAAUGUGAUCAUGUUGCCAAACAACUCCUACCGGAAAGUGAAAAUUGGAAAGAUGGAUCCCAAAGCAAUCGAAGGAGAACAAUUUGUGAUUCAUGAACAUUUAAUUGUGUGGCACAAAGAUUUUGAGCAGGUCUUGCCCCGUUCAGUGUGUAAUGACCCCUGUCCUGCUGGGUCUCAGAAGAAAAAGAAAGAAGGCGAGAAAUUUUGUUGCUAUGAUUGUGAUCCAUGUUCUGAUGGGAAGAUGUCAAACAUGUCAGACACAAUGGCCUGUUCUGAAUGUCCAGAAGAUCAAUAUCCAAGUAAGGACAAAGUUCGAUGCAUCUCCAAAAUCAUAACUUUCCUAGCUUAUGAAGAAGCUUUAGGGAUCAGUUUAGUUGUGGUUGCUGUUUUAUUUUCAAUCAUUACCAUGCUCAUACUUGGAAUAUUUAUCAAGUAUAAGGACACCCCUAUUGUUAAAGCUAACAACAAGGACCUCACCUACACUCUCCUUAUCUCCCUUCUGCUCUGCUUCCUCUGCUCUUUUCUCUUUGUUGGAAAACCUCUCCAACUGAUCUGCUUCCUGCGACAAUCCGUGUUUGGCAUUAUCUUCUCUGUGGCCAUUUCUUCUGUGUUGGCCAAAACCAUCAUGGUCAUUGCAGCAUUCAUGGCCACCAAACCAGGGUCUGGCAUGAGAAAAUGGUUGGGGAAAAGACUGUCCAUCUUAAUUGUUUUUUCUGGCUCCUUCAUUCAAGCAGGCAUUUGCCUUGGGUGGAUGAUCAAUUCUCCCCCGUUUCCAGAACUUAACAUGAAAUCAAUGGCUGAAGAAAUCAUAGCAGAAUGUAAUGAAGGGUCUGUUGUGAUGUUUUAUCUUGUCUUGGGCUACAUGGGGUUUCUGUCUGUGGUCAGCUUCAUGGUGGCUUUCCUGGCUAGGAACCUGCCCGACACAUUCAAUGAAGCCAAGUUUAUCACUUUUAGCAUGCUGGUGUUUUGCAGUGUUUGGUUGUCUUUUGUUCCCACCUACUUGAGCACCAAAGGAAAGUAUAUGGUAGCUGUGGAGAUCUUCUCCAUCUUAGCCUCUAGUGCUGGGUUACUGGGAUGUAUCUUCUUCCCCAAAUGCUAUAUUAUUUUGCUGAGACCUGAGCUCAACAGCAAAGGACAACUUGUAAAAAUUAAACAUUUUUGA